GGCUUCAAUGUUUGCUUUUCCAUCUGUUGAUGUGCUUUUUGCGAGCUCUCCUGCCUGCCAGAGAAAACAUCUAGAAGCACGACGCUGAAUCUGGCCAUUCCCUUGGGUCCCCAAACCCCACCAGCCUCCAGAGAGGGGCGGGCGAAGCUGAGACAGAAAACAGACGUGUGUGUAGCGCGCGCGUUUCAGAGGCUCCCAGAGACUCGGGUGGAACAGACAGGGAUUGGGGCUCCCGCCCGCCGCCCGCCCCGCCCGCAGACGCACGCUCCGCCGGUGCCGCCUGACUUCCUCGGCUCUGCUGUCUGUCGCAUCUGAAGUUGGCACUGGAGCUGGGGCAGUUGCCAUGCUGGCUGACUCUGCCGCACGCCUAGUGCGUUAGCUGACUUUGCGGUCCCUGCGCCCAGCUCGCCACCAGCGGCGGACUGCGGACCUGCCGGCUCAGCGCACAGCGCACAGCGCGCAGCGCGCAGCGGCCAAGCGCGGGGCGUGGGCGUGGGCUGCUGCUUUGCUGCCCGGGGACCGCGGACGCUGAGGGCCGGUGGAGCCGAGCCAUGACGGACGCCAGCAGCAGGAAAGAGGGCUUCAAAAAGUGCAGGAGCGCCACUUUCAGCAUCGAUGGCUACAGCUUCACCAUCGUUGCAAAUGAAGCCGGAGACAAGGCCGCCAGACCACUGGCCCGCUUCUCCCGGUCAAAGUCGCAGAACUGUGUGUGGAAUUCCCUCAUCGAUGGGCUCACGGGCAAUGUCAAGGAGAAGCCGCGGCCAACGAUUGUCCAUGACCCCCGACCACCGGAAGAAAUCCUAGCGGAGGAAUUGCCCCAGCUUGACAGCCCAGAAGCCUUUGUGAAGACAUCCUUCAGGUUACGGUCUUUGGUCAAACAGUUAGAGAGAGGAGAGGCUUCCGUGGUAGAUCUCAAGAAGAAUUUGGAAUAUGCAGCCACGGUGCUUGAAUCUGUGUACAUUGAUGAAACCAGGCGACUCCUGGAUACAGAGGACGAGCUCAGUGACAUCCAGUCGGAUGCGGUGCCUUCUGAGGUCCGAGACUGGCUGGCCUCCACCUUCACGCGGCAGAUGGGGAUGAUGCUCAGGAGGAGCGAGGAGAAGCCGCGGUUCAAGACCAUCGUGCACGCAGUGCAGGCUGGGAUAUUUGUGGAGAGAAUGUAUAGACGGACAUCAAACAUGGUCGGACUGAGCUACCCACCAGCAGUUAUAGAAGCAUUAAAGGAUGUGGACAAGUGGUCCUUUGAUGUCUUUUCCCUCAACGAAGCCAGCGGGGACCACGCACUGAAAUUCAUUUUCUAUGAAUUACUCACACGCUACGAUCUGAUCAGCCGUUUCAAGAUCCCGAUUUCUGCACUUGUCUCAUUUGUGGAGGCCCUGGAAGUGGGGUACAGCAAACAUAAAAAUCCAUACCACAAUUUAAUGCAUGCUGCCGAUGUCACCCAGACUGUGCACUACCUACUCUACAAGACAGGCGUCGUGAACUGGCUGACAGAGCUGGAGAUUUUUGCUAUAAUCUUCUCAGCUGCCAUCCAUGACUACGAGCACACCGGAACCACCAACAACUUCCACAUUCAGACCCGGUCUGACCCAGCUAUUCUGUACAACGACCGGUCUGUGUUGGAAAAUCACCACUUGAGCGCAGCUUAUCGCCUUCUGCAGGAAGACGAGGAGAUGAAUAUCUUGAUCAACCUCUCCAAGGAUGAUUGGAGGGAAUUUCGGACCCUGGUCAUUGAGAUGGUGAUGGCCACGGACAUGUCCUGUCACUUCCAGCAAAUCAAAGCCAUGAAGACGGCGCUGCAGCAGCCGGAAGCGAUUGAAAAGCCGAAAGCUCUGUCCCUGAUGCUGCACACGGCAGACAUCAGCCACCCAGCGAAGGCGUGGGAGCUCCACCACCGCUGGACCAUGCUGCUCCUGGAGGAAUUCUUCAGACAGGGUGACAGAGAAGCAGAGUUGGGGCUGCCUUUUUCUCCUCUGUGUGACCGGAAGUCCACCAUGGUUGCUCAAUCGCAAGUAGGCUUCAUCGAUUUCAUCGUGGAGCCCACCUUCACUGUGCUCACAGACAUGACUGAAAAGAUCGUGAACCCGUUAAUUGAUGAAACCUCUGAAGCUGGUGGGACAGGGCAGAGGCGUUCAAGUUUGAACAGCAUCAGCUCGGCAGAGGCAAAGCGGCCAGGUGUCAAGAGUGCUGGCUCGGAAGGAAGCGCCCCGAUCAACAAUGCUGUCAUCCCUGUUGACUGUAAGAACUUUAAAGUCACUUGGACCGAGGUCGUGCACGUCAAUCGGGAGCGAUGGAGGGCCAAGGUGCCCAAAGAGGAGAAGGCCAAGAAGGAAGCUGAGGAAAAGGCCCGCCUGGCGGCCGAGGAGAAGCAAAAGGAAACGGAAGCCGGGAACCAGGCAGAGGACGGUGCAGCUGGCGGGGCGGAGAAGAAGAUGUCCAGGGCAGCUCCGAGUCAGGUCAAUGGGACGCGCCCCAACAAAAGCAACAGCUCUCCUGGGAAAAACUCCAAAGCUGAGAAAUCGUCGGGAGAAAAGCAACGGAAUGGUGACUUGAAAAAUGGUAAAAAUAAGGCAGACAAGAAGGAUCAGUCCAACGUCGGGAAUGAGUCAAAGAAAACAGAUGGCACGAAGAAGCGUUCUCACGGCUCCCCCGCCCCGAGCACCAGCCGCCUCACCUUGCCAGUCAUCAAGCCGCCUCUGCGUCACUUUAAACGCCCUGCUUAUGCAUCUAGCUCCUACGCACCUUCGGCCCCAAAGAAAGCGGAGGAGCAUCCUGCAAGGUACAAGAUGCUGGAUCAGAGGAUCAGAAUGAAAAAGAUUCAGAACAUCUCACACAACUGGAACAGGAAAUAGGUCCAGCGGAAGAGAGGGGCCCAGUCUCUGGCUAUCAGCGCUCACCAGGCACAGUGAGAUGUUCCCCCCCCCACCGCCACCUGACAGCCCUCGAAGUGGGGGCCCUGGGGCUGGUGCAGCCAUGGCUGAGGUCACUGGGACACAGUAAUAUUCCCCUUUACUGUUCUGUCAUAGACUCACCGUCUCUGGACUUGGGGAUCAGUGCAGACUCCAACCUCAAACCAGUAAGAUGCCUGUCUCGUGUGGCUUUUAUUGCUGUAAAUCUUUCAAAGUCUAAAUUGAACCAAUAUUAAAACAAUACGACCUGUUCAGAAAAAAAGUGAAAUCCCUCCCCUUGAUACCAUUGUGAUCCCGGACAUUCACUUGCUUUCAUAAGACUAUGGGUUUAACAAUCAUUGUAUGCAAGAAAUGCACUUCUGAAGCCAUCUUUUCCCAUUUUUAAUGCAAUUAUUUAAAAUCCAAAUAGGCAUGUACCUUUCAAGGUAAAUGUACAAAACAAAAGGUGUGCUUCUGAGUGAAAUCAAUCUCAGAGGGAAUAGAGACUAAAACUGUGUUCGUAGAUACUUCUGGACUCAGGUUUCUCAAAGCAGGGCCAAAUUCAAAGUAAGGGCCCCUUGUGUUGGUUUUUCCUGCAUGCCUCUGGCCUUGUAGAUCCCCGCCAGGCUGAGAGCAUUUGCAGAAGCAGCUCUGGGUUCUGCUUUCCUCCCCAGGGGUGUCCAACCUGCGGCCCACGGGCCACAUACAGCCCAGAAUGGCUGUGAACACAGCCCCACCCAAAGUCGUAAAUUUACUUAAAACAUGAGAUUGUUUUGUGUGUGAUUAUGUGUUGCGCUGUAUUUAAUGUGUGGCCCAAGAAAACCCUCUUUCUUCCAGUGUGGCCCAGAGACACCACAAGGUGGGACCCUGAUGUAGGCUAACCCUCCCCGCCACGCCGGAAAUCCACGAGUCAGAUGCCCGUGUCCCGGGGACCAGGUUGGACGUUUACUCCAGCACAUGUCCAUUUGGUCUCUCGGUCCUGGGGUGGGAAGGCGUUAAAUGCUGGACUGACCAGAAUGCCCGAACUGCAGGUUUUUCUCCACGAGGUUGAAGAUUCCUUGAAGUGACACGUCAGCCCAUUUCCUGACAGACCACGGAGCCCUCGGGAGCGCCCUGCCCCCACUGCUGGUGAAGAGUGUAAAACUCGAUGCUCUUCCUUGAGGCCUUUGUAGGCCCACUGGGCCUCUCCUAGGGUUUUUACUUUGGGACUAAAUUCACAGACGUUGCAAGGAAAGGUUCAAGGUCAGAAAUAACUUUGAAUCCCUUCAGAAAUGGUCUGAGGCAGGGAGAAGAAGUUCAGGUUCAUUGGCAGGCAGGUCUGAUCUCCAGUCCUGUCCCGUCUAUAACUAGUCGUAGGUCCCGGUCUAAUGGCACAAUCUUUAAGAAUGAGUGGGAUUCGGCACACUCAUGGUGCCUUCUGUGAUGAAGACGAAGGCUAAGGUGGGUACCGAUCUCUAGAGCCGAGCCUGGGCAGUUACAGAGACGCAGCAGAGGUAACUCUGAAGACUCAUCUCCGGGGCAACCUCUCCAGGAUGGUCCCCACCCCCACAGAGAAGGCGCCGUGCCCUGAUGCCACGGCCUUUGGCGUCUGAUGGUAAAGGGUAUCCUGUCCUCUCCUUUCAUUCUCUGAGGUUCAUUUCCAGGAAACCGGUUAUGCAAUUGAGCCAGCUCCAGAGUUCAGUGCCCAUCACGCUUUUGAGCAAUUUAUUCACAAUGUGCUUUCUGAGGGUAUUCCAGGGAAAUAAGUAAACUCACAGGGUGAUCUGAUCAUAACUCUGUAACUGGGCAGGUCUUGGGGGCAGGCACACCCCAGGCAUGUAACUUCUUCUUUUUUUUUUUUUAAGAUUUUAUUUAUUUAUCUUUAGAGGGGAAGGGAAGGAGCGAGGGAGAGAAAUAUCAAUGUGUGGUUGCCUCUCACGCAUCCCCUGCUGAGAACUGGCCUGCAACCCAAGCUUGUGCCCUGACUGGGAAUCGAGCUGCGAUAUUUUGGUUCGCAGGCCCGCGCUCAAUCCACUGAGCUACACCAGCCAGAGAGAUGUAACUUCUUUAAUAAAACGUCAAUCUCUGCCUUAAGCAAGCGCUGUCCCUUGUUCCUGGGCACCCAGGUGAACACGCCUUUGAAAGGCCUCUUUUUCAGACCCCCCUCAGGAGGGCCCACCACCUCGCUCACCACCCGGUAACCCGCCUCCAGGCCGUCUUCCCUGUGUCCCCUCCGUAACCCCAAACGCAUGAAAGCAGCUGCAAAGUAUCCUCUGGGAAGCAUUUUUCUCUGUUGAGAUCUUGCUUCCAGGCUUACCCUCUGUUUGACUCACAAAAAUGUUACUCUGCUCUUAUCAAAAGUGCUUUAAAGUCAAUGUUGACGGGAGAACAUCCAAUCCUGCAAAGAUUUUCCAGAGUACUCACAGCUGCGGGAAUCACCCAGGCGCGCAUGCGCCCUCAGGACGCUCCGUCCUCUCGGGCGUAGAGACUUCACGUGGCCGCGCUUUCUUGGCUAUUUCUUGGCGCUGGAAGCCGUGGUCCUGGGGAAGAAAAUUGGUUCCCUCUGUUUUCCUCGGUCCCGGCGUGUUGUUUGAGCCCUUGCUAACGUUUUAACUGAUCAGGUGCACAGAAAUAGAGACCCUGCACUGCUUGUAAAAGGCCCACCAUGUUAUUCGCAUGAUGGGCUCUAUAGAAAUGCCAAAUUAUGUAUUCUUACAGCAAAUAAAAAGAUGCUUUUAAAGGA